AUGGGUCCCCAAAAUGAAGAAAAAGAAAUCAGUCGGUUAUCAAACGCGGGAAAGCAACAGCAGUCAAGCAUUCAGUCGACAUCACCAUUACCGGACGUGGUUGUUAAAGUUGAUGGAUCCCAAAUGCCCCCAUCGCAAAGACCGCCAGAAACUUUUUUAAGCAUCGGUCUUCAGGUUUUACUACCAUUUUUGGUGGCUGGUAUGGGUAUGGUCGGUGCUGGAAUAUAUCUUGACCACAGUUGGCCUGUUUUCCAAAAUGUUUCUGAAAUAAUAAUUUUGGUGCCUUCAUUGUUGGGUUUGAAAGGAAAUUUAGAAAUGACGCUGGCGUCUAGACUUUCUACCGAAGCAAAUCUCGGACAUAUGGAUGAUACGAAAGAAAGAUGGAUUAUGAUACUAGGAAAUUUAAUUUUAGUGCAGUGCCAAGCAAUUGUUGUCGGUCUUUUGUCUUCUGUGGUUGCUGUGGUCAUGGUUGCUGCUCUUCGGCAACAGUUUAAUUUAACUCAUACUCUCAUGCUCUGUGCCUGCAGUCUAAUAACGGCAUCCGUAGCCAGUUUAAUUUUAGGUUUAAUAACUGCGGCAGUUAUAUCAUUUUCAAGAUUUUUAAAUAUAAAUCCAGAUAAUGUGGCAACUCCGAUAGCUGCCAGUUUAGGCGACAUCACUUCUCUUGCUCUUCUUUCUUGGAUAGCUUCCCUUUUAUACGAAUCAAUAGUUAUUGGUGGAUAUCACCGACCGUCAUGUGAUUCCGUUAUAUUUUUUUGUUUUUAUGCCGGAAAAUUUUGA